AUGAAGGGCUACGCCCGGGGCGACCCGUCGCGCGUGCUGUACGUCAAGAACAUCGCCAAGUCGGUCGACGAGUCGGACCUUCGCCACGUAUUUGGUGCUGUCUUUCCCGACGACGCCUCCAUGGGGCUCCUCUCGAUCAAGUUGUUUAAAGAAGGGCGGCUCAAGGGCCAAGCCUUUGUGGAGUUCCCAGACAUAGAUCUGGCCACGCUCGCGCUCGAGACAAUCCACGGUGUCUGCUUGGAGGAGAAGCCGCUGAUUCUGGUACGUGACUCGCCCGAAUAG